UUGCCUUCUCCUAUUCGGACAACUCUUAGUGGGAGGGUCGAGCUCGGACCAGAGGAAGCAAUCGUUGGAGUGCAAAUUCUCCGCAGCUACACAACUCCUCAAGAGGAUCUUUCGCCCAACUGCCGGACCUGCUGUGGUCAUGGAGGCAGGACCGGUAGGCUACGUCAUUGCAAUCAUUCUCCACAUUACACCGGCUUGCCGUGUUGUGCUAACGUUGAUAUGCUAGGACUAUCUGGUUGCCAGGUCAACGGUAUCGGCGAAGGAGGUCAUGCAAGCUGUUGCUUUGGCAGUGGUGGUCAUUCACUUUCAGCAACUAACAUCUCUUCUGGCACAGGUGGCAGCCGAGAAGUGCAUGGAGGGCAUUAUGAUCUGAAUCACCUUGUUGGCUGCUCGUUUCACAGUUGUCAUGGUGACUGUCAAGUGAAGGCGCCCAGAUGCUCUGGUGUUGAGGCCACUUCUUUCAUGCCAGAAUCCGGUGCUUGUGGUUAUCCGGUUUUCGGCAGCCCAUUGACUGCGGUUGUUUCAACUUUCAGGAUCACCGUAGCCAGCUUUGCCUCGGGUCUUCUGCCCACCUCUCCUCGGGUCGGUCUCCGAAGGCAUAUAGUCAUACCGCCAUGUCGAGCUUUCGGUAUUGACCUUGAGGAGGUGGCCGUCAGUUCAACCAUAGACGAGGUUAGGCUCAAUUUCUGUGUCUUUAACCACUUACCCUGA